AUGAUGAUGCAGCCAGCAGUGACGAUGCAGCCGGCGGUGACUGUGCAGCCGGCCCCCUACAGCCCGCCACCGACCCCGAGAAUGGAGCCCUGGGGCAGCGCCAUCUUCGACUGCUUUGAGAACAUGAGUGUCUGUUGCCUUGGGUUCUGGUGUCCCAGUUGCCUGAUGUGUAGCACGUCUCAGGAGAUGGAGGAGGGCUUCUUACUCCCCCUAGUGGACGUAGGGUGUCCUACGAUGGCCAUGGGCACCUGCAUCCCCGGGUUCCUCGUCUGCCUCCCCCUGACCAUCUCGCCCAUAGCCCUGGCACUCAGGGUGGCCAUGAGGGAGAGAUAUCACAUUAAAGGCUCCGUGGCUGACGACUGUCUCGUGACGACGUUCUGCAAUGUGUGCUCGUGGUGUCAGAUGGCUCGAGAGAUCCGGCUGAGACGUCGCCCCGUCGUCAACAACACCCAGGUCACCAUCGUGAACAUGGCGGCGCAGUACCCCGUGGCACCAGUAGGGGCUGCAGUUCCACCCAUGGUAUCAGUAGUCACAUCCUAG